AUGACCUCCAAUAUCCAGCUCAUCGACAACACGGCUCCUGCCGAGCGCCCGGCCCCAGACGACGCAUCUUUCUCCAGAACGACAACGACCGCCAGCUCGGGGUCUAGACUUUGGAGUCGCCCGUCGAUUCGUGCGGAACGCACAAAACGCAAGUACGCAAAAUGGCAGCCUGAGCGGCUAGGUAUUGUUGCUAGUGGUAGCAGUGACAUCCCUGAGUCGGGGUCAGAGCAGCUGUCGUCGGACGAAGGGGGGUUGUUACGUGCCGUGACGAAUACAAAUACUCUUACCAAUGCGAGCACGAGUCGUGAGGAUGCGACUACGGUUAACUACGGCAAUGAUAAGAAUCGGGAUGGAUAUCAAUCGGACUCGCAGCCGGCCUACUAUGAGCAAAGUGGUGAUAAUUCGGCAGAGCAGAUACAACAGCAGGAUUUUGGUGCUAGCGCUGGCGCUGAUUCCGAUACAGGUACACAAGCAGAAACUAGAAGGACGAGUACACACCAGUCGAAGAACCACUUCAAGAUCUGUGGCCUGAAACCUGGUAGCGAACUGGAUAUUCUCUACGAGAAUCAACGAGGCUGGUUCUUCUUCGGGAUCCCGCUUUACUCCAACCAGUCCCUCCUCAAUAUCGACCCAGCGCCAUGGAUAAAUGCCAGCGGGAAGCGGAGCUUCGUCAACAUCACAAACGCGCAGGUCCCUGAUCCCAGCUGGGAGUGGGCGUGGAAGACGUGGUACGUAGAUAUGUCAGGCGACGUCGACGAGCAGGGGUGGCAGUAUGCGUUUUCGUUCUCCCUCUCGUCAUCAUGGCACGGGACGCAUCCGUUUUGGCACUCGUUUGUACGCCGAAGACGGUGGGUAAGGUUACGUGUCAAGAAGUCUUCGACUGAGCGGCAUCGAAGGAGUCGGACGGGGCUGGAGAUGGCACAUACGCUUAAUGAGGAUUACUUCACAAUCCAUUCUGCGGUGAAGCGGAAGGGAGCGUCUAGUUCGGAGAGACCGUCAAGAGCCACGUCGAUAAAUCUGGGCAAGACUGUUGUGGACAGACAGGAGGAGGAUGUGGAGGAUAUCAGGAACGUUCCUACGUUGAUGUACGCAGUGAAGACUGCAAUUGUCGAUCGGGAGAAGCUCGACGCUGUGAGGAAGUUUGUUGAAGAUGGAGGUGAGGAACUCUACUAUCUAGAUGGAAAGAUUCCAGAAAUAAUGGGCCGAUUUGUCUACCAAACAUCCCGCUGGCAACUCGUUGCAUACUUCAACAAAACAAUCCAACUCCUAUCAGAACAACAGAAUGAUCUGGAAUCAACUGAACAAACACAACCGAAACAAGAUACCGACAUUCAAGACCUUCGGCGCAAACAAGAAUAUCUCACCCGCGCCGCCUCCACAGCAGAGUGUCAUCUUAUCGGACCCGAGGUUCUCCAGCUCCAGGAGUUGGAGCCACAGGAUAACCACAGACGCGCGUCGACUUCGGCUGCUGAGAUGUUGGAUCUCACGCCGGUGAACAGGAGGGAUAGUCUUAUGUCCAGAGUGUCGAGCAGAUUCUCGUUCAAACCAAUGGAUAAUGGAGGUGAGAUCAAGGGAAUCCCGAAAGAAGCUGAGAUUGGACAUGACUUCCAUAUUUACUGA